AUGCCCGCAGCUCCGGCGACAGCAACAGUUACAAGCAACACGCAAUCUAGUCGUCCAGGCCUCUCUGACAUUCUCGGUGGCCCGCCAAUUCCUCCACCGCGUACUUCCUCUAACAAUAAAAGCCGGGCAUCUCCAACUUCAUCCGCAUCGCCCAAUGAUAGAACUGGAUCCUCCAAAAACAAACGAAGAGAAGAAAGAAGGGAGCGUGAAGAUCGGGAUCGAGAACAUGGUUCAGGCCAGCGAGAGAGACCCAAAGACGACACGUCGACCUCCAAACCCCGCCGAAAGGCUCCACCGUCUCCCGAAGGUCCACGCAGGGCUGCAAGCACUAGAGAGCAAAGGGCACAUGGUCCAACUGCAAUGGAAAGCAGGUCAGAGGCUGCAAUGGGGCCUAGUUCUUUCCUAACUGGGCCAGCGAACCACGAUAAUACAGUUACAAAUCGGGUGGUGAUGACAGAGCCUGAAGAAUUUGCUUUGCGGGAGCGUCAGCGCCAGGUUGAGGCUCAAGCUGCUCGCGUUUAUAAUGAUACUUUGGAUGGUGGUGCCGGAAGUGCCGAGACGGGUCGCCCAGCGAAGAGUAGACACGAUUACUCCCAAACAGCACACAAGGAGACUACUUUUGGAGAUUAUAUCCUGGGUCAAACCCUCGGUGAAGGAGAAUUUGGCAAAGUGAGGCUAGGCUGGAAAAGGGAUGGCAGUGUGCAGGUCGCGAUCAAAUUGAUUAGACGGGAAACAUUGGGAAAUAACCCUAGCCGCCUCCCAAAAAUCCACCGGGAGAUCGCUAUCCUCCGAGAGUUAUCCCAUCCGAAUAUUGUACGGCUGCAUGAAAUGGUAGAAACCGAUCGUCACAUUGGGAUUAUUCUGGAGUAUGCAUCGGGAGGAGAGCUGUUCGACUACAUCCUCAAUCAGCGGUACCUCAAGGACCAUGCUGCUCGCCGCCUGUUCGCACAAUUGGUAUCGGGGGUUGGAUAUCUCCACAAAAAAGGGAUCGUGCAUCGGGACUUGAAGCUGGAAAACUUGCUCCUUGAUCAGAAUCGAAAUAUCAUCAUCACAGAUUUUGGAUUUGCGAACACAUUUAAUCCUGCUGACGAGCUGAGCGAGGAAAUCGAAUACAAUUUGAUGAAUAGGGAAUUUGUCAAGCGUAUGAGACUUGAUCGCCCCGAUGCUAAGGGCAUGAGACGAGGCGAUCUUAUGCAAACUAGCUGUGGUAGCCCUUGUUACGCUGCUCCGGAACUAGUAGUCAGUGACUCUCUCUACACUGGGCGCAAAGUUGACGUUUGGAGUUGUGGAGUGAUACUGUACGCUAUGCUUGCCGGCUACUUACCCUUUGACGACGAUCCUGCGAACCCGGACGGUGAUAACAUAAAUCUAUUGUAUAAAUACAUUGUUACUACGCCCCUUACCUUUCCUGAAUAUGUCACGCCUCACUCUCGUGAUCUGCUUCGGCGUAUUCUUGUCCCAGAUCCAAGGAAACGAGCAGACCUGUUCGAGGUAGCAAGGCACAGUUGGCUAGCUGAAUAUGCGACUGUAGUGUCUCAUAUCACGAGCAACACUACCAACGUUUCCGAUAUUGCCAAUACCACGGUCACGACUGAAGAGCGCUACGAAACGCCUUUGGCUCGCAGCGCAUCUGUCAGAGAACCUCCAAAGUCGUAUCAACAGACCAGUGCUGGUCCAGCUGGAGGGGUCAACCAUCAACAAAGCAACGCUGAACAGAUUGAAGAACAAGCCAGGCAGCAACGCGAUGCGAAGAGAAGAACGGUGCAGGUCGAAUAUGUUGCACCGCAAUCCCAAACCACACGUGGAGAGCCGAGUGGCGAGACCUUUAGCCGUAUGACAGUGCCUGUGACCACUCAACCAGAGAACUUGGAAGCACCUCGGUCGAAGCCUUUGCCAAAAAGUCCAGCUGUCGGUGACGCCUCUGUACCAGCUAGUUAUUCCUCUCUACCAAAUCGCAAUCAAGGUACGCAAAGACCAAAAUCAAGAGACAUUGCACGGUCUAUUUCGGAAUUAACUGGUGCCUUUUCUGGAACUCAAGGUUCACACUCACAAUCAGCGCGACCUCCUACUAGUGGGUCUUUGGCUUCUUUGGGCAGGCUAGAAAGCCGUCUACCUUCUCGCGGUUCCUACAGCCAGCCUGUUGCUCCAGCAGUUGCAACUGCCAAUGCUCAGGGACGUCUUGCGCAACCCAAAGCCGGCGGCAAACCAUACAUUUCAGCACCAAUUCCAUUGCAGCCUCACGAGCUCCCGGCCACUUCUAUUGGUCAGCCAAGCACACAACCAGGUCCAUUACAGUUGCAACAGCAAGAUCACUUAUCGAAAGGACACAAGAGAUCAAGCACUGUAAGCAGCAUUUCCGAAAAGUAUUUGGACGGCCUGGUUCGAUUUUCCGUGGACGCGGUUCUCAGCCCGGGAUCCCCUCGGGUCAAGUCUGGUAACGAUAUCCCGCCGACCAGCAUGAAGGAACCAUUUGCCCUCGAGUCGUCACGCGCUUCAGUCGAUUCUCGCAGGUCAUUAUCCCAUGCCUUUCGCAAAACCGAUAGCAACGGGAGUAGACAUAGGAGAUUUUCACUUAUUCCGCCCUCAUUCUUAUCCAGAAACUCGACUAAAGAGCGUCUUGAAACAGGGGACUCGUCACAACUCACACCAAACGAACCCACAGAUGGGCAACAAGAAGCGUCCCGAGAAGAGCGAAGGUUAUCCACAGCACCUGCAACAGUCCCCAGCAAUGAUCCAGGGUUCAAUCAAUAUCACAACCCCCGCAAAGUUCGUCCUGGAUCGUCACUGCAGAAUCAAAACAAUAUCGGAGAUUAUAGAGAGAGCGCUGAUAUGGCUGAUUAUUCCGCUCAGAUCGAUAGGCAGUUUGCCAGCUUGCAUGGCACCCCCGAGAAUCCUUACCGUCAGCAAGAAUAUGAGAAUACUUACCAAAAUCGUUAUCAGAGUGAACCUAAUAUCACAUCGGGUGGCCAUCUUUCACCACCGCAUGGACGAGCAGACCCUAACAAAACAUUUUCUGCCCUUUACAAUGAAGGGCAGAAUCAAGGAUAUGAGAGCGCAUCUCAUCCUUCUAUUCAUAAUAGACAGAUGCAGAGGAGCAACGUUCUUCAGAAAAGCCAUCGCAAAUUCGCAGACGCCUAUGAAUACGAGAAACCUCAGCACUCAGGCAGUUCUGGAGCAGCAAGAAAAGUGAUGGACUUUUUCCGUCGCAGAGGCAAAGACAGAGCCAGAGAAGACCAUUAA